AGAGAGAGAGAGAGAGAGAGAGAGAGAGAGAGAGAAAAGGAGGGGCCUCUGUAGUUGUAGCAGUAGGCCAGACCUCUCCACUUCCUUUUUUAGCCAUAAAUGAAAGAAUUGAGAAACAUCAUCACUCAUAGUCAUCAACCUCUCCUCUCCUUCCAUUAUUAUUCCUCUUCUCAAGGAAAGAAAAAGGGGAAACUAUCAUCUUUACUCUUUCUCUUCUUCUGUCUAUCUCUCUGUCCUACUACUGCAUUUUUUUUUAGUUUGGGAUAGUCUUGCUUAAAACUUGAAAAGGGUUGGAUUGGAAUAUUGGAGACCUUUUUUGAGAUUUUUGGGGCUUUUGAGGUUUUGGGUUUUGUUGUUUUUUUUAUGUUAAAAUGGGAACUGUUGAUAAGCCUUUGAAUGAGGUGCAUGAUUUGAGUUCAAGCGAAGAAAAUGUUGUUAGUACUGUACAUAAGGUUGAAGACUCGACAGGAAUAGUUGAAGAAGCCAAUCAUGCUCAUCAGUGGAAGCGGAGAAAUCUCUUUCUGGAGAUACCAUCAAGAACUAUGGAAGACCCUGUACAGGAUUCUGUUGUAAUAAAGAUUCCUCCAACACCUAGUCCAACUCCUAGGAAAGUAAAUUUCUUCUUGACACCUAAUUCUACUGAUGCAAGAGCUUGUGGGUCCCCAGGUCCUUCCUCAUCUAGAGGCAAAUCAUCCUUAAGGAGUCUCUUGCCUAAACUAAGCUUCAAGUCCCGAAUUUCUACAACAGAUGCUGAGAAGGCUGCCAACCUAGCUCCAGAUUCUUCAUGUACCUUGCCAAGAGAGAAGCCUUCGAUCUCAAGAUCAUUAUCGCUGUCAAAGAUAUUUACUCCAAGGAUGAAGAGAACAUCAUCUCUGCCUGUAACUCCAAUUGAAAAUUCUACCUCAGAGUCAGCACGUGGAGGAUGCAUUGGUGGUGCACUCAAUUCAAAUGGAAAAGGAACCCAGCGACAGAUAUCUCGUUCACUUUCAGUCCCUGUCAAUAAUAAAGAAAAAAGUAUAAGGAGGAUGGAUUCGUUUUUCCGUGUCAUUUCCUCCACUCCUCGAGUGAAGGAAGGAAAUGUCGAAACAAAUUCUUCUCCAGGGGUUGAUACUGAAACUGAUGACACUGAUGGUGAGGACAUACCUGAAGAAGAGGCUGUUUGUAGAAUUUGUCUGGUUGAAUUGUGUGAAGGAGGUGAGACCCUUAAGAUGGAAUGCAGCUGCAAAGGUGAACUUGCUCUGGCCCAUCAAGAAUGUGCUGUGAAAUGGUUUAGCAUCAAAGGUAACAAGACCUGUGAUGUGUGCAAGCAAGAGGUUAAGAACCUGCCUGUCACUCUUCUACGAAUUCAGAGUGUCCAUGCUCGAGCCAAUGGAGGAAUCAGAGCUCAUCCGGCAGAUGCUAAUAGGUACAGGGUUUGGCAGGAAGUGCCCGUGCUCGUCAUCAUUAGCAUGCUUGCCUACUUUUGUUUUCUUGAGCAGCUCCUGGUUGGAAAUAUGGGUACUGGUGCAAUUGCCAUAUCCCUUCCAUUUGCUUGUGUACUGGGUCUUCUCUCUUCCAUGAUCUCAUCAACCAUGGGUAAGGAGCCGUUCUCUCAAAAGAAAAAGAUAUGCUUUGAAUCUCCUGUGAGGAUACCAUAUAUGGAAACCACUGAAAAUGAAUUAGAAAGCAAGGAUCAAAAGUGUGAAGAGAAGGUUCGUUUGGGUUUAUGCAUCCAUUCAAUUUGCUUUGGUUGUUCUCUUCGCUCAUAUUUUUUACUCAUUGGUCAACUUGCAAGCAGUUCUAUCCAUUCUCCUAGCAACAUUUUCCGGGUUUGGUGUAGCAAUGAGCGGGAGUUCCAUACUUGUUGAGAUCUUUAGAUGGAGAAGAAGAUGGAUUGCUCAAUCUGAGCAGCAACAAGGUUCCUUUGUGAUGACAGGACCACCAGGUCAAUUCCCAAGAACUACAAAUUCCUCCCAAAGAGGCUCUCGUGAUCGCCGUCGAAAUGACGUGGAAAAUCCAGAAUCUUUCAAUGGCAAUUAAUUUAGUUUAUACUUAGUUUUAGUAAAAAUGAGAAGUGCUGUGGCUUAAAUUAUGCUUUGUCUUAGUGACAGCAAGCUGCCUUUGUAAUAUACCCAAAAUAGGAUCAUUUUUGUUCAACCAAAUUAUGCUAGAAUACCAAAUUAUGAAUUGUAUACCUUGCUGAGUAUUGUAAGGAAUGUUCAUGCUUUGAAAGAGGCAAUACAUUGGAUUGGGUUUUAACAGGA